CAAAAAUACUUGUUUAGCUGUCACAUCUGUAUUCCGCUAUACAAUUCGUUUAUAAAAUAAACUACCCUUUUUAUUAGCAUAUUGCCACGUGAAGGUAACGUGUGUUGCAAAAUUGUGGUGAAAGACUUGGAUUUGAAAACUGAAAUAUUUAUGUGCCUUUGGAAUGGUCGUUUCGUCUUAGAAUGAGUGAGAAUUGUCAUCGGAUUUAAGAGAUGCGACACAAGUAACAGCUCCUCAAGUCCACAAUGCCAACUGCCACAGAGUUACACUCUACUAAUAUAGAGAGUUCUCGAGAAACUGCUCCUACGAAAGGCAGUGUGGAGGUUAAGCAAGCUGUCACAACGGAGAUUCAGAAUAAACUGAACCAGAGUAUACCUGAUUGUGAGGACACCCUGUCUAGUAUGAAAGACAUAAACCUCAAUGAAACACCAGAUUACCAACAAUAUCAUCAACCCAUCCAUUUGUCUCUGAGUGAGAAUGAAUCUGAGGACUGCAUGGAACAGAAACCAGCAGACAUGUCUUCAGCAACUGAGGAGUCCAAGGUGUCUCUGUCUGAGGAUAUCAACAUGAAGUCGGCUUCCAUCAUACCAAAGCUCAAAUACAAAUAUGACAAUGAUCAAUGGUCACCAUUAAACCAGUCAGGUAAGAGGUGCUACGACAUCCGGCUGCUGAUGCAGAUCAAAGAUGAUCCACUCUCAAAGACAAAACCCAUCGGAGUGCAUCUGGAACUGAGUAGCAUUGUGAAGCAACAUCAAGAACCUCAACCAUUCAACCCGGUGCUGAGACCUAUCAAUGACUCUCUGUUCCCCAACUUCGCAAAGAACACCAGCAGCACCCCGAGAAACACAACACCGAGGGAUCCCAAGAAAGAUAACAGAAACAUAAAUGCAAACAGCAGACCAGUGGGGGGGAGGGUGACGUCAUCCCCCGCCCGCCCGCCGCCCCCCGCACCCCCCGCGCCCCCCGCGCCCGCCCCGCAGCCCGUGAUCCGCGUGUCUCUGGCGCGGGAGGAGGUGCAGCUGAGCCAGACCAAGAACGCCUGGAAACCCUCGCGCCUCAAGAACGCCGGCCUCAGCGAGGAGGAGCGCAAGACACAGGAGCUGUACGCGACAUUCCGCGGCAUCCUGAACAAGCUGACGCCGCAGAAGUUCGACACUCUGGUGGGCAAAGUGCGCGCGCUGCAGAUUGACACUCGCUCGCGUCUCGCCGGUGUCAUAGACCUCGUGUUCGACAAGGCGGUAGACGAGCCCGACUUCGCACAGACGUACGCCAACUUGUGUCACUGCCUCGCCUCACUCAAGGUGCCGUCGGACUCGGGCUCCCCGGACCAGUACGUCAACUUCCGGCUGCUCAUCAUCAGCAAGUGCCAGAACCAGUUCGUCACCGACAAGGUCGACGAGAACGUGUUGCGGAUUGAGACAGAGCUCGCCGAGUGCACCGACAUUGUCAAAAAGAAGGAACUUCAACUGCUUUUAGAAGAAGAGAAUAGAAAAGUACGGAUGAGAUCUGUUGGGAAUGUCAGGUUUAUUGGUGAACUGUACAAGCUGAAGAUGCUGACGGCGAAGAUAAUGGUGUUCUGCAUGAACUACCUGAUCGACAAGCAGGAGGAGGAGAAGCUCGAGUGUCUCUGCAAGCUGCUCACCACCAUCGGGGAGCAGGUCGCCACCACCACAACAUACCAUCACUCAACACAACACGACACAACUCACCUGUAUUACUUAUUGCAGGUCGAGAGCGAGGUGAAGGAGCCUCUGGAUGCGGUGUUCAAACGUAUGCAGAACAUAGUGGACCGCCGCGGGGGGUGCGGGGGGUCCGGGGGGUGCGGGGGGUCGCUCAGCAGUCGCGUGCGCUUCAUGCUGCAGGACGUCAUCUCCCUGCGCCGGCGUCGCUGGGCCCCGCGUCUCGCCGCGCAGCAUGCACAUCCCACCACCAUGGACCGCAUUCAGCGCGAGGCCGACCUCCAUCACAGGAACAUAGAGGUGACACCUCAUCACAGCUAUCUCUCCUGA